CUUCAUCGUAAGCAUCAUCGAACUGACAGCAAUGGAAGCACCACCUCAUCACGCAGCAAUCCAUUACGAGAUGACAAAAUGAUCCGAUUAAAUACCCAAAGGGCCAGGAGCCAGCUUCUGGAAACCCAUUUAGCAAAAUUAUUUAAGCAAAAAAUGGAAAUUUUCACAAAAAUUGAACAUACACAGGAAUCGGUGGUAACAACCAUUGUAAAACUGUGCCUUAAGAGUUUGCAAGAGUUUGUCCGACUCCAGACAUUUAACAGGAGUGGCUUCCAGCAAAUUCAGUUGGACAUUCGGUACCUGAGGACUGUUGUGAAGGACGCAGUCGAAGAUGAAGCUGUUGUCGAUUUCCUAUUUGAUGAGGUAAUUGUUGCUGCUGCUGAACGCUGUUUGGAUCCAAUUCCCUUGGAACCCCCGAUCUUGGACAAGCUUAUACAAGCAAAGUUGUCAAAGACCUCUGAAGAGAACCCGGCUUCGUCCUGACAUGUUCAAAUUCUGUGUCACAAUGAGUAAGCUGCUUUAUCUGCUCGCUGUAUUUGUGAUCCAUUUUGCCUUUUUGAUAUCGCUUACACUCAACACAUCCCCACCCUUAGAAUAGGAACAUCUCUCUUUAUACAAU